CGUUUUUUGGAAGUGUUCGGAAUUUCACAGACAGAAUAUCAAAAGUUUAUAAAACGUGGUUUGACGUAAAGGAUAUGGAUUCUAUUAAGCCUUACUUGGCAACAUAUCUUAAUCUUACGGACGUUUGUCAACAUAUUAAUGGUGGUACCCGGGAAAGGCGAAGUGUAACGCAGCGUGAUGUCGAAACGUAUCAAAGAUUUGUUGUAGGACUGGAUGGCAAGUGUUCAGGCAAACAAGCUGACCUGUUUUGUAAUGGUGAAUUACAACCAGGGCGUAGAUACAGGGUGAAAACGUUUGCUUGUACAAUAAACGGGUGCACUGAGACGAGGUAUUCAAAUCCUAUAUCAACAGAUCCAGAUCUUACAGUUGCUGUAGCAUCUGGUAUAUCAUCUGCAGUAGUUGUUCUGGUCGUUGUUGGUGUUGUGAUUUUCCUUCUGAGAAGAAAACAGUUGGCUUGUUUCUUGAAAGAUGAAGGUAGACUGGUUACACAGUCUCCAGAUGAAGGAAUUCAUCUUGAUAAAAUUGAACACACAAAAAAGAACCCUUCCAGGUAGGAAAUAUUUUUUUUUAA